UGCUACCAAAACGAACGAAAACGAAACGGAAAAUUAAACUUGAAAUUCAAAUGAAAGAAACUCAAAGGCUACUGAGCUGAACAUAUACAGAGCAAAAACGCCUACACAUAAAAUAGAAAAGAUUAAAUUAAAGUGAAAAUUUAACGAUUUGCAAAUGAACAUUUGCACACAACCGCAAGUGUAAUUAAGUGUACAGUCAAUUUGAGUGGCAGCUGGUGAGACAAAAGUGCAAAAAAACGCAAGAAAAAGCAAAAAUCUGUUAGUUACAUACGAAAGAUUGCCAACUGCCUACGCGCGUACGAAAAUCAAUAGUCAAACGUUCGACGAGCGUGCAGCGGGCGCGCGAGACACCAGCACAACAACAUCAGCAACAAUACCAACUACAAUAACGGUAAACGCGUUUGUGUGCACAUUGCAUUAAAAGGGCAAACGCCAAACGGCACCCGCACACACACACACACGCACCGGCGGCUGAGUGCCACAAAGCGCACCAUAUGACAGCAGCGAAAAGCGAAAAAACCAAAGUUUGAUUGCAAUUCGCCAACGUACACGCAAAAUUGCAUUGGAACCGCUGAACGUCUUUACGAAUUUGCACAACGCGUGCCGUGCAAAGUGCCUCCUGUACCCCCAACCCGUCAGAGGUGCGUACGUAAGCAAGUGGCAUCGUUCGACGCCGUGCUACAGCGACGAAGUUCACAAUGGCCAAGUGCGGUGCAAUCGCGCUGGCGCUGCUCGCUGCAGUGCUGCUCAACAUUUUGGGUCACUGCGAGAUGUCCGUUUACCCAGGGCUUCGACGCAAACCGUUACGCCAAUUUCUGCAACAACCGUUUGAUGUGUCAUCCGAUUAUUUGGCCCAACUUAUGGAGGAGAAUGCGCGGCGGCGGCUACAACAAACAUUCGAACAGCAAUUGGAGCGCAUUCACAUGCAAAUGAAUCGGCAACGACAACGCGACGAGCGGCGCCAACGUUUGAAUCAGCGCCUACAGAUGCUUGCCGCCGAGAAUGCGGAGGAGAGCAACGAGGAUAGCGGUGAGGUUGAAAUGGAAUCUACGGAAGUCGAUGACAAUGCCUACGAUGUCACUCAAAAUCAAGAUAAUGUAUAUAGAAACAACAACAAUAACAACCGAAAUCAAUACGUGGACCCGAACGGUUUCUUCACCUACAAAUAUGACACACCCAUGGAGAUGAAUUUGCGUGAACGCAUACCCUUCGCCGUGGGUCCAUCCGAUCCACGCUUCUUCGAGCAGAAUAGCGGUGAAAUUGAAAGUGCGCGCAACAGCGAUGAGUUGGACUCUCGCGCCUUGGAUGACUACCAGGAAUUUGUACCAGCCGAGUCGCAGAAUAUUGGCGAAAAAGCAGCUGCUAUUGCAGCGGUAAAUACGUCAGCCGCCAACGCAACUAACACUGAGGUCUCGACAGGCGCGCCCACUGACGUCAAAACGCCUGUUCUGGCGCCAGCACCUGUUGAUAGCGCGAAAUUGAGCGACGGUGGCAGUACCACCUUCCAUCGCAUCAAGCCGCAAAACGUUGCGGCGGCAGCUGCGGUCGCGGGCGCCGGCGUCGUGGCGGCAAUGAAGCUCCCAGUCGCACAGGACGCCAGCGAUGACAGUAAUGCACGACACCACAUCAAUGCGCUUAUUGAUAAGCUGCAGAAGGAAGGCAAGUCGGCGUCCAUCGCCAACACACACGAUGUGGCUGCAGCUCUGGGCGGUAACAGUAUCGGUGGCGGCGACAAUUUGGUGGUGCGUCAACAUCUCGGCGUCGACGGCGAGAUGGGCAUGUAUUUGGUGGCUUUGAUUGCUGGCGUAAGCGCCGCUGUAACUGUGGGUUUCAUAGCACUCGGCAUAGCCUGGUACACUUUGCGUCGCAAAUCGAAAGCCGCAGCGGAUGUGGAAUAUCCGGCGUACGGUGUGACCGGGCCCAACAAGGACAUCUCACCGUCGGGUGAUCGCAAAUUGGCACAAAGCGCACAAAUGUACCACUAUCAACACCAGAAGCAACAGAUAAUCGCAAUGGAGAAUCGUCAGGCGGCAGAGGGCAGUUGCGGCAUGUCCGAUGUGGAGAGCGAUGAUGAGGAGAAUGAGGAGGGCGAUUACACUGUCUACGAAUGUCCCGGACUCGCACCGCCAAUGGGCGAGAUGGAGGUGAAGAACCCAUUGUUUAUAGAUGAAACCCCAGUUACGCCAUCGACCAACAUCACCACCACAACCACGACCACCACUUCCACACCCAUCAUCACCAAUAACCUGACACAAGCCACACCACAACAACCACCCACACAACAACUCGGCAAGAAGCCCACUUACAAGGUUAUUGUUGGUGCUGCACCCAAUCCCAAAGCUACCUCAGCAGAGCCUACGUCUUCCGAGGAGAAUAGCAAACGCAAGAAGAGCAAGAAGUAAACCAACUAAGUGCAGCGGAACGGUGGAGCUCGGCGCAGUAGCGGUGCCUGGUGUUUGUGUUGUCAAAUAGAAAAGUGUUCCACGCAAGUGAAUUCGCGAGUGAUUUGCUUAAGCAUGCAAACAACGGGCGGAAGUGGAGAAACAGGGAAAUGUGUGGUAACACGAGUGGUGCCAUAAGAUGCAAGAAAUGGUGGCGCAAAGUAUUACUUCAAUUAAUUUGUUGGUUUAUCCACACUUCUCGAAGCGUUCAACUGGAAACCACUCUCUUUCACAAUUCCAAUUAACACAAUAAAAUAAACAGGUUAUUCAAAAUACUACAUGUGCAACAUAAUAGUUGUUUGAGCUGCAACGGUGAGCGGACUUUGUUGACGAGGUCCACUUGCUGUUGUUGUAGUAUUGUAAAUACACUUUAUAUAAAGGAGAGGUUCUAAUGAAGCGCAGUUUUGGUGUUAACGCUGAAUGAAGGAAGGAAGUGGUAGAGUCUGUCAAUAUUUUUGCAAUCGUGAAUGUUGAAGGUUUGCCAAAAUAAUGCUUAUUUUGAUUAAAUGUUCUUUAAAUUGCGUAAAACUCAUUUCUUUUUAUUUUGUGCUGAAAAAUAACUUUUGUUUUUGGUUAAUCCAAAACUUGUCUUCACU